AUGACCCAUGCUCUCCACUACGGCACCGGCGUGUUUGAAGGCAUUCGGGGCAACUGGAAUGCAGAGCAGGGCGCCAUCAAUAUUUUCCGUAUGCGCGAGCAUUACGAUCGGCUCCUGGACGGAUGCAAAAUCCUGAUGCUCGACAUCCCCUAUACCGCCGACGACCUUUGCAACAUCACGGUGGAACUGGUCGAGCGCAACGGCCACAAUACCGACAUUUACAUUCGCCCCCUGGCUUACAAGAGCGAGGAACUGGUCGCCAACCUCAAGUUGCAGGACCUGGCAUCCGACUUCACUCUGAUAACGGUGCCCUUCGGAAACUACUUGGGCAGCGACCGCCUGCGAUGCUGUACGUCCUCGUGGCGUCGCGUCGACGACCCCAUGAUCCCGGCGCGCAUCAAGGCUUGUGGCAUCUACGUCAACAGCAUCCUCGCCAAAACCGAAGCCACCCUGAGUGGUUUCGAUGAAGCCAUCCUGCUCAAUCACGACGGCCAUGUUUCCGAGGGUUCCGGCGAAAACAUCUUCAUGGUCAAGAACGGCCGCCUUUACACUCCAGCGCUGGAAGACAACGUGCUGGGCGGAAUCACCCGCGACACGGUGAUGCAGCUGGCCAAGAACGAACUGGGAAUUGACGUAGACAUGCGUACCAUCGACCGCAGCGAGCUGUACCUGGCCGAUGAAGUCUUCCUUACCGGCACCGCGGCCCACCUCACCCCGGUGGUAGAACUGGACUGCCGUCCCAUCGGCGACGGCCAGCCGGGCCCCAUUUCCAAGGAAAUCCAGCGCAUGUACUUCGAUAUCGUCGUGGGAAACAAUGCCAAGUACCGGCAUUGGUGCACCCGGGUUACACCUCGUUUGGUCCCUGCGUAA